CUGAGCCGCCUCGCGCCGCGGAGCGCGAUCCGCCCCCACUGCGCGCCGACGAAUCUACGGUUGACCUGCCACCUGGGUUUGGCCGUGCCCCCCGGCGGCGGCUGCCGCAUCCGCGUCGGCGCCGACUGGCGGACCUGGGCCGAGGGCCGGUGCCUCCUCUUCGACGACAGCUUCGAGCACGAGGUCCGCAACGACACGGACAGGGCGCGGGUCGUGCUGCUGCUGCGCUUCUUCCACCCGGACCUCGCGCCCGCGCGGCGCGGCGCC